AUGGAUGUCUUUACCCACUAUGCCUACAACGACAGUUUCUAUGAAAAUGGAACAUGGGGCUUCAACGAAACCGAUCAAGAGCAGAAGCACGAGUACAACUACUACGCCAUGCUGCUCACGCUGCUCAUCUUCGUCAUCGUCUUCGGUAACGUGCUGGUGUGCAUGGCCGUGUCAAGGGAGAAGGCCCUGCAGACCACCACCAACUACCUGAUCGUCAGCUUGGCGGUCGCUGACCUUCUAGUGGCCACGCUGGUCAUGCCCUGGGUCGUGUACUCCGAGGUCGUCAGGGAGUGGCGCUUUAGCAAGAUCCACUGUGACAUCUUUGUCACUCUAGAUGUGAUGAUGUGCACAGCGAGCAUCCUCAAUCUGUGUGCCAUCAGCAUUGAUCGUUACACAGCGGUUGCAAUGCCUAUGCUGUACAAUACCCGCUACAGUUCUAGAAGAAGAGUCACUAUCAUGAUAUCUGUGGUGUGGGUGCUGUCUUUCGCCAUAUCCUGCCCUCUCCUCUUUGGGCUCAAUAACACAGAAGCAUCGCUGUGUGUGAUCGCUAACCCAGCUUUUGUGGUGUACUCCUCCAUCGUGUCCUUCUACGUUCCCUUCAUCAUCACCCUGCUAGUUUACGUGCAAAUCUACGUGGUACUGAGGAAGCGCAGGAAGCGUGUAAACACUAAACCCAAGCAGCGCAUGUGUCAGGCCAACGUCCCUGAUGUGGCCACUUCUCUCAAGGAUAAGUGCACUCAUCCAGAGGACGUGAGGCUGUGCACGGUGAUUGUUAAGUCCAACGGGAGUUUCCCUGCCAACAAGAAGAAGGUGGUGCAUGUCGCCAACAAGGGUGAGCAUCUGGAGCUGGAUGAGCUCAACAGCGGAAGCAGCAGCCAUAAGCAGAAGCCACAAUGCGCCCUGGGAAACACUCCGGCCACCAGCAACCAGCAGUUGAUGCCCGCCAAGGCUAACGCUAGCCCUCCCUCCACGCCUCCGACACCUCCUCAAGAGUGCCAGAGAGUGGAAAAGAACGGAGAUCCCGGCAAGGAUGCCCUGGAGGAGCCAACGCAAAAGGUGGCCAAAGUCUUUCAGACGCAGGCGUUGCCCAACGGCAAAACGCAGACUUCUUUGAAAAAUAUGAGUAAGAGGAAGAUCUCCCAGCAGAAGGAGAAGAAGGCCACACAAAUGUUAGCCAUAGUCCUCGGUGUCUUCAUCAUAUGCUGGCUGCCGUUUUUCAUUACACACAUCUUGAACACCCACUGCACACAAUGCAAGGUUCCUGCAGAGAUGUACAAUGCCUUUACGUGGCUGGGUUACGUCAAUAGCGCCGUAAAUCCCAUCAUUUACACCACCUUUAACGUGGAGUUCCGAAAGGCUUUCAUGAAGAUUUUGCAUUGCUAA